AUGUCCUUUCCAACCCGAUCACUCUCGACUCGGCUGCCGGGCGCUGGGUCGCAAAACGCUUCCGCAGGCCCGUCGCCCAUGCUGGUUGCGCGCAUUGCAGAGAAGAAGGCAGAGCUGGAGCACCUGAAGGACUUGCGCGAUCUCAGCGCUGCCGUUGCAGGUCAGAUGGAAGCACUUGAGCAGAAGCUGUCGACACUUUCUGAUGGCACAGAAGCGAUUGCCAUGGUAAUCAGCAACUGGCAUAACGUGCUACGCGCUAUCAACAUGGCAUCCGCCCAACUUGCCAAGCCGCCUCCGCAAGAAGAAGCGUUGGAAUCGGAGGAAUCCAGCAUGUCUCUGCCGCAGACACUGGUUCGCAUUCCGACAGAACACGCUCCGACGCUCCAGGCGCAGGCCGAAAACGCAGCAGAGAACGCAGAGAGCAGUAUGGCUACGCCAUGA